AUGGACCCAGUCAAGUACAUAUUUGAAAAACCCACUCUCACCAGACAGAUCGCUUGGUGGCAGGUUCUGCUGUCAAAAAUCAACAUUGUCUAUGUCACUCAAAAGGCGAUAAAGGGAAGCACCUUGGCAGAUUACCUAGCUCAGCAACCCAUCAAUGACUACCAGCCUAUGCAUCUAGAAUUCCCAGAUGAGGACAUCAUGACCUUGUUCAAGGAGGAGGUAGAGGAUGAAGAUAGGGACAAAUGGAUUGUGUGGUUUGACGGUGCGUCUAACGCACUAGGCCAUGGACUGGGGGCGGUUUUGGUUACCCCCAACGAUCAAUGUAUACCCUUCACUGCUAGGUUAGGCUUUGACUGCAUGAACAACAUGGUUGAGUAUGAGGUGUGCGCCCUUGGGAUCCAAGCGGCAAUUGACUUCAAGGUUAAGUUGCUCAAGGUAUAUGGGGACUCAGCCUUGGUAAUCUACCAGUCGAGAGGAGAGUGGGAGAUCAGGGAUCAUAAGUUGAUACCCUACCAGGCCUACAUCAGAAAACUGAUAGAGUACUUUGAUGGUGUAUCCUUUCACCACAUCCCUAGAGAGGAGAAUCAGAUGGUUGAUGCCUUUGUCACUCUGGCGUCCAUGUUCCAAUUGACCCCGCAUAGGGAUUUGUCGUGCAUCGAAUUUAGAUGUCGCGACAAGCCGGCACAUUGCUGCUUGAUAGAAGAGGAGCAAGAUGGAAAACCUUGGUACUUCGAGAUCAAUCGAUAUAUCGAAGACAACGAAUACCCACUGGAGGCUUCUAACAACGACAAAAGAACGUUGCGAAGGUUGGCCGCCGACUUUUUCCUAAGUGGAAAUAUCUUGUACAAGAGGAACCAUGAUAUUAUUUUGCUCCGAUAUGUGGAUGCCAAGGAGGCUGAGCAAAUGCUAGUGGAAGUGCAUGAGGGAUCUUUUGGAACACAUGCCAACGGACAUGCCAUGGCCCGGAAGAUCCUGAGGGCAGGGUACUACUGGCUCAAUAUGGAAAACAAUUGUUGUAUCCAUGUGAGGAAAUGCCGCAAGUGCCAGGCCUUUGCCGAUAAUGUCAAUGCUCCACCCGUACCCUUGAACAUCUUGGCAGCGCCUUAG